UGGGAAAUAAUUACGCAGCUCAUACUAUUGACCCUUUAAAAUCGAUCAUCAAAAAGGAAUUAGACUUUUCAAAUUCUAAAUAUGGAGUCGUUCAGUCAUCUGUUUCAUUGAUUAAUACAUUUCUACCAAUUCUCGGUGGAAUAUUUCUUGAUACAUUUGGCACUUUAGUUGGUUCUAUAUUAGUAACUUCUCUUAUAGCUAUAGGAAAUAUAUUAGUUGCAUUAUCAACUAAUUUAAAAUCAUUUCCUGUAAUGGUCAUUGGUAGAAUAUUAUAUGGAAUUGGAAGUGGAAAUAUUAAUAUCGUUCAAGUGACUAUACUAAGUCAUUGGUUUAAAGGAAAAGGACUUGCUAUCGCUGUGGGAAUCCAGAUCGCUACGUCAAGAUUG